AUGGUGAUGUGUGAAGUUAAUAAAACAUUCCUUCCUGUUAAGGCUCUUUAUUUUUUCUAUUUGUCAGGAAAGGCCUCUCUUGCUCCCUAUCUGCCUAUAUUCUUCAAGCAACUAGGUCUGACAACCCUUCAAGUUGGAAUCAUAUUUGGCUUAGAACCAUUCAUUGGCUUUGCAUUCAAACCAAUAUGGAGCUUCAUAUCAGACAAAUUGAGCAAACACAAACUGUUUCUGAUUGUUGGUAUGUUAGCUAUGGGUAUAUUUACAUUCACAUGUCGGUUUGUACCAUCAUAUCAGCACUAUAGUAAUGAAACAUACAAGUCAGCAAACUAUUCAAUGUGCAAUAAUAUGACUGAAGUACCUGUCCAACAAACUCAACACUUGGAUCAAGAUAUUGAAUGGAUGGCUGUAAAUAUACUUUGUAAUAAUAAUAAUUGCUGUGAUAGUCAAAAUAUCAGGCAUAUACCAGAUGGAUAUCCUUACAAUCAUCCAGGAGUUCUUCUUGAAUGCAUCAAGUUAUCUAUAUUUUGGAACAGUAGUACUUGUGAACAGCUGUGUAGCGACAUCAGUGAACAGAGUAAUACAAGUGAUCAUGACUGUACAAACAGGUUUACAGUACAACCUUAUAGUUCAGUGCCUCUUAACAUCACUGCAGCCACUUCCUAUUGCCCAGACAAAUGUAAUUUGACAAAAAAUGGUAACUCUGUUGUAUGUAAUUGUCCAAAGAUAGAUUUUAAUAAGCUUAGGUCUACAAAAGAAUCUUCAUCAGUACCCAACACAACAAGAUAUGAAAACAGUAGCAGUUUAUGUAAUGUUACGGAACUUCAAGAAUUCAGCAUCGGAAACAACUCGCUCACGUUCUGGCUUUGUUUACUUCUGAUUCAACUUGCAUCUGCCUUUGGAUGUUUAGUUCAUCCUAUUAUUGAUAUGACUGUCUAUGAACUUCUUGGUGAUAAACGCGGCAACUAUGGGAAGCAGCGGAUGUGGGGUGCUGUCGGAUUUGGAUCAUUUGCUGUGAUUUCAGGACUUCUAAUGGAUGCAUUCAGCAAUGACUUUACAUCGGCUUCCAACAAGAACUAUGAUCCUGCCUUUAUUCUCUUUAUCACAUUGGUUAUCAUGUCAUCUAUUAUUACAACUUGUCUGAAUAUGCCAAGCCUAGUUUCAUCUCAAUCAUUGCUUGUUAACACAAGUUUACUACUAAGACAAGCUGAUAUUGUAGCAUUUCUCAUCAUUGUUGUUGUCUUUGGAAUGUGUUUUGGGACAAUAAUGACUUACCUUUUCUGGUUUCUACAAGAGCUAGGUGCAUCUCAGACAUUGAUGGGUAUUACUUUACUAAUCACCUGUAUUUCAGAAGCUCCUUUUCUCUUUUAUUCUGGUAAUAUGAUCAAGUAUCUUGGACACAAAGGAGUAUUUUAUAUAGUUCUUCUAAGUUACAUUGUUCGGUUUGUAGGAUAUUCUUUUAUUACUUCUGCCUGGUAUGUGUUACCAUUGGAAUUGCUGCAUGGAAUCACUUUUGGUGCCAUGUUUGCUGCUGUCACAUCAUAUGCCAGUAUCAUAUCACCACCGGGGAUGGCUGCCACAGUACAGUCUUUGGUACAGGCAUGCAAUAUGGGAUUAGGUAAAGGACUUGGAGCAAUUUUUGGGGGAGUGAUGUAUAAUGCUUAUGGAGGAAGAAUAUUAUUCCGAUGUUGUGCAGGUCUUUGUUUCAUCACAGCAUUGCUCUACUGGAUUGUACAGUUUUGUGUAGUUCAUAAGACGCCUUUCUAUAGUAAAUUUAGAACCAGAAAUGAGUCAGUCUCUCUUCAAGAACCAGGUGAAGAUGCUACUACAGACCGUGAUAUUCAAGAACUCUUAGAAGAUGAAGAUGACAUGAUGGCACAUCACAAAAUGUCAUCAAGAGUGAUGAAACUGAACCUAAGGUCAGUUCACCGACCUCAUCAGGUUGCCAAAUAUGACCAAGACUCAGAAGCAACACGUGGACUUAUACUUGAUCUUUCCCCUGUGGUCUCGGAUAUUUCUCCCCCAAAGGGUGUGAAUGAACUAUCACCAAGUGUGAUGAGUGUGUCUUCUCGUGUUCCAAUGUUAGAUCCAGAUACAUCAGCCAGACAGCCAGCAGUUGGUGAGGAGGAGUCUGAACACUCCAUGAAAAUGCCAUCUUUAGGAAUGGAAACUUUCUAUAUUGAUGACCAAAUUGAGGAUAUCGCCAUGGAAUAUGACAUGGGAAUGGGAUCUACUGGCAUAGAUCAUGAUGACCUUUAA